AAAUUGGAUCAACAACAGGAUUAAUAUGUCAUGAUUGUUGGAUUUUUUAGGUUUUGGUGGCGCCAAAUAUUUGGCUUGGCUUCCUCAGAUGAGUAGCGAGGGUCCCGGGAGACGCCCCAAAUGUGCUCGAUGUAGAAACCACGGUAUCAUCAGCUGGCUUAAGGGCCACAAGAAGGAUUGUCCAUAUUCGACAUGCUCCUGUGCGAAGUGUGGUCUCAUCGCAGAGAGGCAGCGGGUCAUGGCGAAACAGGUUGCAUUAAAGAGACAACAGGCGGCAGAAGACAGCUUGGCCAUCGGAGUGACGGAAGCAGUGACGGGCAAGAAGUUUUGUUACCUUCCCCCGGGCCCGAUUCUAUCCACUCUACCUCAGCCUAAGCAAGAGACCUUAAUACGGGAAGAAGAGCGUUCAGUAAAUCGUAAAUCCAGCAUCGAUAUGCUCAUGAAGUUGUUUCCAGACAGAAAGAGAUCGGUCCUGGAGUUAGUGUUCAACAGGUGUGAUGAACAGCUCAUGCAGGCCAUUGAGCUCUGCCUAUCCUCAUUUAAAGAAGUGGAACGCAUUCCGGUUGGAAGUGCCGAGUUUUCAGCAUUCUCUCCACCUGUUGCUCACCAGUCUUCGAAGCAGGUUUCACCCCCUAACCCAACUAACUAUGUCAAGCAUUACCCUUGUGUACCUCCUUUGCAGAUGCCGUUUCCAGGUUACCCGUUCUACCCGCCUGGUUUCCAGUUCAGUUCUUUGCUCAUGCCACCACCUCCCUACGAUCACUACGAACAUUGUGAACAGUGCAAUAAAAAAGAAUAAUAAUUGUUUUAUUAAAUAAUUCGACGUCAUUUAUUUAUUAUAAAGAGCUUUAAUGAUUAUAAAUCAAAUUUAUUUCCUAUUUUAAUGUUACAUCGAAC